AUGCCCCGCCUGCACCCAACCUCCCUCCUCCUCUUCCCCCUCCGCGUCCUCGCCAUCCCAUUCACAACCCUCAUCGCACGCAUCCCACACCUCCGCUCCCGACACCGCCGCACCCGCACCCUAACCAUGCUCCUCCCAUUGCUCAUCCUCCUGCUCAUCCUCCUCGCCCUCCUCCCCCUAUACAUAAUCUACCGACCACCGCACGCCCUAAUCCGCUCUAUGGCGGAGAAGUACCCGGAUACAUUAUGGGAGAUACCACGACUUCCCAACCCCAAUCCCAAAAGCAAACAAAAUACAGGAGGAAAAGAAGCACCGAAAGAGAAACUCAUCGCCCUAACCAUCGACGACUCCCCCAGCGCCUACACCCUCGACAUCCUACACGUACUCCAAGAAUACAACGCGCGGGCGACAUUCUUCCUCAUCGGGUCACAGAUCCCCGGCCGGGAGGGGAUCUUACACACGCUAGUGAAGAGCGGGAUGGAACUAGGGAACCACGCGAUGCACGACGAGCCAUCUGUGUCGCUGGGGAGGGAGGUGCUGGAGCAGGAGAUGCAGGAGGUGGAGGGGGUGAUUGCGAGGGUGUAUGAGGAGGUUGGGGUGGAACGGCCGAGGGAUGGGAGGGGGGUGGUGCGGAAGUGGUUUAGACCUGGGUCGGGGUUCUUCUCCGGGUGGAUGAGGGAGCUGGUAAGGGGGCUUGGGUAUAGGAUUGUGCUUGGGAGUGUGUAUCCGCAUGAUGCGCAGAUUGGGUGGGCGGGGGUGAAUGCGUGGCAUGUGAGGAGUUUGGUUAGGGAGGGGAGUAUUGUUGUGAUGCAUGAUCGGAGGAGUUGGACGGUUGAGGGGUUGAGGAGGGUGUUGCCGGUUUUGAGGGAUAGGGGGUUUAGGAUUGUUGGGUUGGGCGAGGCGAUGGGGAUUGUUGAUGCUGCUAAUAAUGCUGGUGGU